AUGUUUGCUGUUGCGGUGCACAUGAUCCUCUCCACCACUCCUUUGGAUCUCGACAACCCUCGCCUCGCACUGACAACACAACUCUGCGCUGUCCUUGAUGGACCCGGCACUACGACUAUUAAUGGCAGGUCGUAUUUAUUCUACAAAGACGAGAACAUGCUCUUUAAUGCCAGUCAAGAUGUUGCCGUCACAUAUCAACCCCCGGCAGAGGAAGCGCCAUCGCUCCUCUUAAAGGGCCGUGGCGGCCAACACUUUUCUUUUCCUUUGAAGAGCGAGCUUGCUGGCGAGCUCAUCACUGGCCAUGUACAGUUUCAAGUCUGCAUUCGACAGCAAGGCGUAUUUAUGCCUGGCACGGCACAAGUCCACGAGCUGGACUCUCUCUUCAUCGUCGCAUUCCGCGAAACUAAUCCCCGCCUUGGCAAUCCAAAUGCUGCGCAGGAAAUUGGAUCGAUCGCCUUUAUCAACCUGCCGCAAGACGAUCUGGCCAACCCUCUAUUUAUGAUGUGGAAGCGAGGCAGCUUGGACAAUAAUGCGGGACUGGCGCUUGCUCACUGGAGCGCCCUCGCAGAGCGCCUAUGGACUUUGUCGGACAAUGUUGCCCAAUUCUUUCCUGGUGUUCUGCGAGUCUACCCAGGGACACACACCGCGCAAGGGGUCAAGGGAUUUGGUGCGUCGCUGUGCUGCCCACAAGUGUCGCAUGCUGUCAUGACCUUGGCAGAGCGCGCCAAGAUUGUCAAUACGCGCAUGCCAGAGCAGGUCUCUCGUUACAACCCCUCUGCGCAUGUGCCGAAAAUCUUUCAACCAUCCUGGAGGCUGCCUGCGCCGCUUGCAAGUCGACUUGGACAAGAGUAUCAUCACCUUCAGCAGAAUACCAACGUCCCUAUCCACAUUCUCUUGCGCGCUGAUGGUAUGCUCUCUGUUGUUGGCCAGCUUGCGAGCGGCAAGGCAUGCCUGCCAAAGCAGCCCUUUGCACCGGUCAAGACGUCGGGCAACACUCGCAGGCUGAUUGAUGCGGAAUACAAGGAGCUGUUUUGCUUUUCCAUCUUUCACAUUGUCAGCAUUGUCCUGCUGGAUGCUGCUGCGACGGGCAAUGAGCAAAUCUUUUUGCUCUAUGCUCAGUUGCAAUUGUAUGUCAGCAAGGCCGAGGAUGCAUUCAUCGAGCAACUCUGGAACGUUGCGCACGGUCUGGCCAGAGAUGCGGAGACGGCCGCCUACUGGUUCAAUCAACGGCAGCUGUCCAACAGUAGUGACUGCCAGUGGACUGUUCCAGAAGCGCAGAGCAUAACUGGGCAGCACAUUAAAGGCCUGGGCCCAGCUUGCAAAGGUUGA